AAAAUAAACAUUAGCAGACGGAUGUUAUUGUGAUAGAUCGUCACAUGAUUUAUCACAUGAUUGUUAAUUUGUACAUGUAUUUAUCCAGUGCACCUUACACACCAUAUACUAUAUAUAAGUAUGGCAAGUGCGCCUCCCCCUUAUCAACAAGCCCCUGCAGGAGCCUACCCACCACCAGCUGGAGCCUAUAGUCAACAGCCCCCUCCUGGAGCGUAUCCUCCACCCGCAGGAGCAUAUAAUCAGGGAGCCCCUGCGGGAGCGUAUCCCCCAGGGCAAGCCCCAUUUGGUGCAGCCCCACAACCUAGCUAUCAGACCCACACCACAUAUAACUAUCAAGUGCCACCUCAACAGAAAACAAUAUAUGUCCAAAGCAAUGCUGGGGGCUACGAUAGAGGGCGGGGUGAUCAGGCUGCCGAGGAUUGUUGUUUACUAGCCUGUUGCUGGGCAACCCUUUGCUGCUGUCUCCUUAACAACUAAGCACUCAAUGAACAAACAGCAUCUCAAUUCUCAAUAAUAUGACUGUUUCAAAUUUAUAUCAAAUUGUUUUCCA